AUGGCGCCUCGCAAGUCUGCCGUUGCCGCGGUGGCUGCGCCGGAAAGUGAUGGCCUGACGACAGCAACAGCAACAUCAACGUCAACAACAACAACCACAACUACGUCUACGUCUGCAUCGGUAUUGCCCUCGGCACCCUUAGACGGCACUGCCACGCCUUUGUCGCCGACAGGCCCCGCAGAACAGAAGCAGCCUCCGCCAGAGAAGCCGAGCGACAUUCGGAGGCGAGGCGCCGUGAUCCUUUCCUUCUGGCUCAUCGUGGCACUGCUUGGGCUACCAAUAUGGUGGUACACGACGACGAUCUACCGGGCGAACCUGCCGCUCGACGACAUGAUGGAAUGGGCCGACGGAAAGGCCAGCUCCCUCCAGGAGGCCGAAGCGAACCACUUGCUGCGCCUGACGCAGCACGCGCUCGACGACCUCAACGACUUUUCGGGCCACCACCUGCGUCUGGAGCUGUCGCCGAACAGCCAGACGAGCGAGGGCGAUGCCGACAGCAGCAGCCUGAGCAGCACCGGUGGUAGCACUAGCAGCACUAGCAGCACCAGCAGCAGCGCUGCCGGCGCAGGCAGCGCUGGCAGCAGUAACGGCGAUGGUGGUAGUGCAGUCACGGUGUCGUCGUGGUCGGCGAGCGGCGGCAACGGCAGCGGCAGCGGCAGCGGCACGCCGCACGAGGGCGACGUGGCCCUGACGAUCCGGCUGACGCCGGGCGACGCGUCGACGGCGUCCCUGCACCCGUCGCAGGCGAUCCUCGACGUGACGUACCCGCCCAACUCGAUCCCGUCGCUGAGCUCGUCCACAUCGGCGCUGGCCACGUUUGUGGCGACGCAACUGCGGUCGACGUUUGCCGAGGAGCAGGCCGUGAUCUCGUACCUGUUGUCGACGUCAUCGUCGUCAUCGUCGUCAUCGUCGUCGUCGUCGUCGUCGGCGUCGCCGGCCGAGCUGCAGCGGCCGCCGCGCAGCCUGGCGCCAGAGGUGGCGGAGGCGUUGUCGCGGCGCACGAUGCGGUCGCUCAAGUACGCGCCGACGUACCACCUGACGUUUUCGCUGUUUGCGGGCGGGGCGGCGCCGAGCAGCUGGGACAUUGAGGCGGCGAUUCGCGAGUACAUGCAGCCGAUCCUGGACGUGCUGCGGCCGAUCCACAACUUCACCAUGGACACGCAGGUGCAGCUGUACGCGGCGCCCGGUGUGCAGUCGCCGGUGCUGAGCAAGCAGGACCUGUCGUCGUUUAUCAACGCGGCCGAGUGGCCGCUGUCGCCGUCGAUUGGCGGCGCGCCGACGAUCAACUUUAUUGUGUUUGCAGGCAACCAGACGAUCAGCACGGCGGCGGCGCCCGCCGAGACGCACCACCAAGACGGCGAGACGGACGACAGCGAGGCUGCCGCCGCCGCUGCUGCCACCGCAGGGACGACAUCGCAGUCGUGGCUGAUCCCGCAGUGGGGCGCUGUCUACCUGUUGCCGGCCGGGCAGGACGGCAGCGCACACGUCUCCCGGGACGACCUGCGCGAGCCGACGCUCAUGUUCACGUCGCACCUGCUGUCGCUUCUCGGCACGCCGCAGUCGGGCAGCCUGCCGCUGCGGCUGUCGACGCUGAGCCGCAUCCGGUCGGCCGACCUGCUGCUGCGCGCGUCGUCGACGCUCGGCAGCCUGGCGCGCCUGUCGCUGGCGCUGCGCAACAUUGCCAUCCCGUCGAGCGUGGCCGAGGGCGUGGAGAGCACCAUGUGGCACCUGCAGCAGGCGUGCAACGCGCUGGGCGGGCCGGAGGGCCUGGCGCACGCGCGCAUUGCCGAGGCCGAGGCGGAGAAGGCGUUUUUCGAAAAGAGCAUGGUGGGCCAGCUGUACUUCCCCGACGAGCACAAGGUGGCCGUCUACCUGCCGCUGCUGGGCCCCGUGGGCGUGCCGCUGGUGAUGGGCCUGCUGAACGAGCUGCGCGCAUGGCUGCGGAGGCGCAAGGAACGGGCCGCGGCGGCCGAGAGCGAGAAAAAGAAGCAGUAG